AUGAUUAAAUUAACAGAAGAUAAACUUAAAGAACAUUCAAAACGAAAAGGUCCUAAGGCAUCGGCAACAACAAAUAUCAAUUUUGUUCCGGUCACAACAAAUACAGCGCCAGAAACAAAUGAAGUAAUACCAUCACCAACACCUCUAUCACAAGUUUUACUUAAUGAUCACAAACAAUAUGUAUUAAAUUUGUUAAAACAAUGGUAUUCUCAUAAUAAAGAAAAACUUAAAUUAGAUAAUGUAGAUUUUACAGAAGGUGUUGAUUUUCAUCUAAAUUUAAUAAAUAUUAAUGAUGAUAUAGAUGCAACAAUAUUAUGCAAUUGUGGAGCAUUAACAAAAUUACCAAAAAAAGAUGGAAAAUUACAAUUAUCAAAUUUUUAUAAACAUUUAAAAGAUUCUAAGUGUUUACAUAUGAAAGAAAAAAAAAAGAAAAACAAAGAAAUAGCACAAUUACCAAUAGAACAAACAUCAACACCAAAAGCUAUUACUAGUUCAAUAACAUUAACACCACAAAUUUCAUCAAACACACCAUCAUCACAACCAACAACUUUAAGCGCAAAACGUUCAGCAAUAGCAUCAGAUAUGUUGUCAUCGGUUAAAAAAAGGCCAAAAUACAUGUUAUAA